CUCGCGCGGAUCGUCAGUAAGCCGCUGUCAUUUAGGCGACGGACGAAAAGCGUGCGAACGCAAAACCUGCUGGAACCGGAGAAGUUGAGUCGCUUUACUAUGUUAACACUGACUUUAAGACAACUGAUCAGGCCGGUGGUCCGGUGUGUUCCCGCCGUCAGAUGCCAGCACUCAGCGCCGGCGGCGUGGGCCGAUGACGAGCGGCAGUGGACGGGUCAGGAGAGUCUGGCUCAGGACGACCCGCAGAUGUGGGAGCUUCUGAUGAAGGAGAAGGACAGGCAGUGCCGGGGACUCGAGCUCAUUGCCUCAGAGAACUUUUGCAGUCGAGCGGCCCUCGAGGCUCAGGGUUCGUGUCUCAACAACAAGUACUCUGAAGGAUACCCGGGGAAAAGGUAUUACGGUGGCGCUGAGGUGGUGGAUCAGAUCGAGCUGCUCUGCCAGAAGAGGGCGCUGGAGGCGUUCGAUCUCGACCCGUCGCUGUGGGGUGUAAACGUUCAGCCGUACUCCGGCUCUCCGGCCAACUUCGCCGCUUAUACGGCCGUCCUGAAGCCUCACGACAGGAUCAUGGGCCUCGACCUGCCCGACGGAGGACAUCUCACUCACGGAUACAUGUCUGACGUCAAGCGGAUCUCGGCCACUUCCAUCUACUUCGAGUCGAUGCCCUACAAACUCAACCCUGAUUCGGGUCUGAUUGAUUAUGAUCAGAUGGAACUGACGGCUCGACUCUUCCGACCCAGACUCAUCAUCGCCGGAACCAGCGCUUACGCUCGCCUCAUCGACUACAGCCGCAUCAAGAAGCUGUGCAGUGAGCUGAACGCGUACCUGCUGGCAGACAUGGCUCACAUCAGUGGACUGGUGGCCGGGAGAGCCAUUCCCUCGCCCUUCGAACACGCCGACCUCGUGACCUCGACCACUCACAAAUCCCUGCGCGGAUCCAGGGCGGGGCUUAUAUUCUACCGUAAGGGCGUGCGCUCGCUGGAUAAGAAGGGUAAAGAGGUCAUGUACGACCUGGAGGACAAGGUCAACUUCUCAGUGUUCCCUUCGCUUCAGGGCGGCCCACACAACCAUGCCAUCGCUGGCGUCGCCGUGGCUCUCAGACAGGCCACGACGCCCAUGUUUCGCCAGUACAUCGCUCAGGUCCUGAAGAACUCCAAGGCCAUGGCCGCCGCGCUGCUGCAGAAGGGCUUCACACUCGUCUCCGGAGGAACCGAUAAUCAUCUGGUUCUGGUGGAUCUGAGGCCUCUGGGAAUGGACGGAGCGCGCGCUGAACGAGUUCUGGAACUGGUGUCCAUCACGGCCAACAAGAACACGUGUCCCGGAGACAAGAGCGCGCUCACGCCCGGCGGCCUUCGACUGGGAACCCCUGCGCUCACGUCACGCCAGUUCAAGGAAUCAGACUUUCAUCAGGUUGUGGAUUUCAUAGAUCAGGGCAUCAAGAUCGCUUUGGAUGUGAAGACCAAGACCAAGAAACUGGCUGAUUUCAAGAGUUUCCUGCUGGAAGACUCAGAGACGGCGUCUCGUAUCGCUGAUCUGCGUUCACGCGUCGAGGCGUUCGCCCGUCCGUUCCCGAUGCCUGGAUUCCACGACCAUUAAACCGGAGAUCUGGGAUGUGAACACACCGUUGCGAAGACGCCUAUUUUUCUUUUUUUUGUUUAGCUCUAUGAUCAAUCACUACUUUAUUAAUCCUUCACUGGAACUAAAAGUCUUAAAGCGACCAGUAGUGCAUGUAGGAAAUCUCCCAAUCCCAUCAAACGGACUCAAACAUGGAAGAGUGUAACGCUCCGGACAGUAUUUGACACUAGACAGUGGGAUGAUGUCUCCAAAUCUUUAUCUUCCAUAUCGAGUGAGGAACAAACAAUUCUUUAACAGACUGAUGAUGCUAAAUGUUUACAGACUGUGAUUCUCAUUUUCUGUUCUUCUAAAAAUCUCGAAACGAUUUUUUUACUCGAGUCUUAGCAGUUCUUCGGCCUUUGCUAAUGGACGCUGUUUUUGUAAAUGUACAGUAGUGUGUGUAAAGACGUCUGGAGUCUGUGUGUGUCGUUUACGCCGCAGUCGUGAACAGAUGAUAUUGAUAAAUACUUUCACGUUGCACACGUCUACAAUCUUCCUCGUUCAUUCUCCAGGAUUCUGCCUGACAAACAUUUUUAUCACAACAUGAUUCUGUGCAAAUGGACAGAUCUUUACAAAUGAUUUUCUAAAACGUCUAAUCCCAAUAAAAUCAAGCCGUAGAAAAAAUGCAA